GCAAAUCUGGCAAAAGUUCUCGAUAGAUUAGCCAAUCAUAAUGUGAAGUUGAAUAAGGAUAAAUGCGUGUUUGGUAGCCAAACGGUGAAAUUCAUAGGAUUCACAUUGACUCCAGAUGGUUGGCUAGUGGACAAAGAAAAGGUGGCAGCAAUCAGGGAUUUUAGAAGACCAGUAAACAGUUCCGAAGUAAAAAGUUUUUUGGGACUAAUUACUUUCGUGGACAAAUUCAUAAUCCACCGGGCCACAAAAACUGAGCAUUUGCGCGCUCUUGCUACGUCAGAUAUAUUCCAGUGGACUGAUAAGGAGGAAAACGAAUUCAUACAUUUGAAAGAGGAUGCUUUGAAGUACAUUCGGCGUUUGGGGUACUACAAUCCAAAAGAUACUACCGAGUUGUUCGUAGAUGCUUCACCAACAGGGCUCGGUGCAGUCCUCAUCCAGUAUGACCCAGAAAACAUCCCCAGAAUCAUAGCAUGUGCUUCCAAAGUCCUCACACAAUCCGAGCAACGAUAUCCACAAACCCAGAGAGAGGCUUUGGCCGUUGUCUGGGGAGUGGAAAGGUUUAGCUUCUACUUGUUAGGAAGGACUUUCGUAAUACGUACAGAUGCUGAAGCGAACCAGUACAUCUUUAAUCCGAGCCAUCGACUAGGGAAAAGAGCUGUCUCCCGCGCAGAAAGCUGGGCGUUAAGGCUGCAACCUUAUGAUUUCAAAAUUCAAUGUGUACCAGGGGAUGAGAAUAUCGCUGAUGUUCUCUCUCGUCUAAUUCCGGAAACUCAAACGACCACAGCAUUCGAUAAUGAUGAGGAUAAGCAUUUUCUGUAUGCAUUAGACUCCGGAUCAAUGGAUUUGACAUGGAAUGAAAUUGAGUCGACAUCUGAAAAAGAUGAGGAAUUGAUGAUGAUUAGGAAAGCCCUCGAAACGAAUAGAUGGUCAGGCGAAUUACGAUGUUACGAAGCACAAAGAAAACACUUAUAUCUUAUGGGACCCCUUCUAUUCAAGGAUGAGCGCGUUGUUCUUCCUAAAUCGUUACGUUUGACCGCACUUCAAUACGCUCAUGGUGGCCACAUUGGAGAAACAGCUAUGAAACGAAUUAUGAGGCAAUUCUUUUGGUGGCCAAAAAUGUCUACAGAAGUAACUCGGUUUGUUAAGGAAUGUAAAAUAUGCGCAAUGAUGUCUAAACGUGAUCCACCGGUACCCCUGAUAUCGAGAGAGAUGCCUGAUGGGCCUUGGCAAAGUCUACAGAUAGAUUUUCUAUCAGUCCCACAUUUUGGUACCGGAGAAUUUCUAGUAAUUGUAGACACAUACUCUCGCUAUUUAGUCGUGGUUGAGAUGAAGGCAAUGGAUGCAACCAGCACAAAUGCGGCACUUUUUGAAGCUUUCCAGACGUGGGGCCUACCACUGAUAAUGCAGAGUGAUAACGGGCCACCGUUUCAAAGCUCUGCAUUCAAAACAUUCUGGGAAAAAAAGGGCAUACAAAUACGCAAGUCCAUUCCGCUUAGCCCCCAGUCUAACGGUGCAGUCGAAAGACAAAACCAAGGGCUAAUUAAGACAUUAUCGGCAUCCAAAUUGGAGGGUAAGAAUUGGCGCGCAGCUCUUCAGGACUAUGUACACCGUCAUAACAACUUGAUUCCACAUUCGAGGCUUGGAGUAACUCCCUUCGAGUUAAUGACUGGCUGGAAAUACCGUGGGUUUUUCCCAUGCCUAUGGAAGAAAACUAUACGAGAGAAGCUGGACUUCACGGACAUUGAAGAACGGGAUGCAGAGAUUAAGCUCUCCAGUAAACUGUAUGCAGAUGCUGCUCGAGGUGCGAAAGAUUCUAAUCUAGCUGUAGGUGACGUUGUAUUGUUGGCCCAGCAACGAAGAAACAAAACCGACCCUACCUUUUCAUCUGAACGCUUCAGAAUUAUUGCCAGGAAUGGACCAAAAGUCGUUGUCAUGAGCAGAACCGGCGUUCAAUACGCAAGAAAUAUACGAGAUGUAAAAGCAGCUCCAGAACAGCAUAUAACUGAAGAUCAGAUCGACGAUGAAAUACUGCAGUAUCCGGAAAAUGCCGAGUUAGACAUUGGUAAGAAUCUAGACGACCCGUUAGAUAAGGUUCAGCCAGCGAAUACUGCCGAAACAGAACCUCUAAUUCCAAAAGUCCUUCGUAAGAGACAUCUCAUUAAACGCCCAUCGAAAUACGAUGAUUUUGUUUAUCACGUUUUCCACUAAAUAACAGCAAUGACUGAUUUGGUUUUAAUAGUAUUAGACUUGGUAAAAGAAAGAUGCCUACUAUGUUCUUGUUAUUUUAUUUUGAAUAUUUUGAAUGUUGAUAAUAAAUUCCUAAAAAUAAACAGAAAAUACAUUAGUAAAUAUUUUAUUGGUAACAUCUUACAUAA